UCGAUCGGACGUGUAAAUCCGUUGCGUCGUCGUAAAGAAAAUUUCUGAAUUUUUUAAAAGAUUUUGAAAUUUCCCAUAAUCAUAAAAUCUAUUUUGAGAAUUUUUAUUUAGAACAAAAAAAAGAUUCACCCGUUGAAGUUUUGAGGAAAUUCAAAAUUUACGAGGUCGACUUGAAGUUUUAUUACAACAUAAUCGUUUUUUCUUUCGAAAUAUCAAAACCGAAAAAAUCGGAUACGGAUACGUUUGCCAACUCUGAAUGAAGUGCAACAACAAAAAUGCAUACAAAUGCAGUGAAUUAUAAAUAACAAAAGAAAUUUUGAAAUAAAAGUUGUGUUUUUUGUUUUGUGAAAAGAGAAAAACAAAAAUAGAAGUUUAUUUGUUUUUUAAAAUCAAGAAAUGUGUACUCAAACCUCGAUCAUGUCGAAAACAAUCCUUUCGGUAUUGAUCAACUUCAUAAUUCCCAUUUUGGGAGCCGCCUUAUCGAAGACCGUCCUGUAUCAAGCCCCUGACGAGUGUCGGUGGUCCGGUACCACUGAAACGGAUAUUGUGCUCGUGUGUCAACUGCGAACCAUUAAUAGCGAACUUGAAAAUACAAACUUUAGCGUAAUCCAGCCUCAAAAUACAAUCCGUCUGCGUUUGGAGUGCAACGAUGCACUCUUCUUCCAGAGCAGCCUCAGCGCCGAUAGUUUCCGAUCGCUGAUAGAGCUGCGCGCGCUAACCAUUGAAUACUGCAAACUCGGAAACAUUACCGAAGGAUCGUUCCGAGGAUUGCAGGAGCUGCGAAAUCUUACCAUUCGUACCCAUAAUGCCGACUGGUCAACGAUGAGUUUAGAGAUCGCGCCAAAUGCCUUUGCCGAUUUUCGCCAACUCGAUCGUUUGGACCUGAGUCUGAACAACAUCUGGCUUGUGCCUGAUGGAAUUAUCUGCCCGCUGAAAACUCUCACCCAUCUGAACAUGUCCCACAACGAGAUCCAAGAUUUGGGCAACUUCCACUUCAGUGCAUCACUGAGUACCAGGAAGUCUCGAAUCUGUGGAAACUCCAUCAUUGCUUUAGAUCUGUCCAGCAACAAAAUUGCCAAUCUGCCAUCGGCGAUCUUCUCGGCUUUGGAAAGAGUAAAGAAGUUGAAGCUUGGUCGCAAUGCCAUGAACUUCAUUGCCGAUCGCGCCUUUGAAGGCCUCGUCUCACUGUCCAUCAUCGACUUGUCCGAAAAUCGCCUGACAUCACUGCCGCCAGAGCUCUUCUCCGAAGCCAAGUACGUCAAGGAGAUCUAUCUCCGCAACAACAGCAUAAAUGUCCUAGCACCUGGCUUAUUCUCCGAGCUGGCCGAUCUUCUUGUUCUAGAUCUAUCUGCGAACGAAUUGAAUUCACAAUGGAUCAAUGCCGUGACAUUUGUCGGCCUCAAGCGACUGAUCUUGCUUGAUUUGUCGUUUAAUAAAAUCAGCAAACUCGAGCAGAGUAUCUUUCGCAGUUUAGGCAGCCUCCAGGUACUUAAACUUGAAGAGAACUUUAUCGACCACAUCCCUGACAACACCUUCGCGGAUCUGACAAACCUUCACACUCUGAUCUUGUCCAAAAAUCACAUCACCAUGAUCGGAGCAAACACUCUGCGAGGACUCAACAACAUCCUCGUCCUGUCCAUGGACUACAAUCGUAUCUCAAAAGUCGACCCAAUGGCCUUUAAGAACUGCACCAGUGUGCAGGACCUGCAUUUGAAUGGAAACAAACUGCUCACCGUUCCCGAAGCUCUUGGUCAAGUUCCAUUCCUGAAAACCCUCGACAUCGGCGAGAACCUCAUCACCACCAUCGAAAACACAAGCAUCAGUGUCAUGGAGAGCCUGUAUGGGCUCCGUUUGACCGAGAACUCCAUCGACUACAUCCGGCGAGGCAUCUUCGACCGCAUGACAUCUCUUCAAAUAGUCAACUUGUCUGGCAACAAGAUCAAGGGCAUCGAACCAGGUGCAUUCCACCGCAACUUCCAAAUCCAGGCCAUAAGACUUGAUGGCAACCAUCUGAAAAGUAUCACCGGGCUCUUUACCGAACUGCAGAAUCUCGUUUGGUUGAACAUAUCCGACAACCAUCUGGAGAAAUUCGACUACGGUCACAUUCCAACCGGCCUGCAAUGGUUGGAUGUGAGAGCCAACAGAAUCACCCAAUUGGGAAACUACUUUGAAAUCGAGACCGAACUCAUGCUGAGCACAUUCGAUGCCAGCGCCAAUCGCCUGACCGAAAUCACUGCCAGCUCCAUCCCGAACAGCGUGGAGGUUCUCUACUUGAAUGACAAUCAAAUCGAGAAAAUCCAACCGUACACAUUCUUCAAGAAGCCCAAUCUAACCAAAGUCGAUUUGGUGCGCAACAAGCUAACCACCCUGGAGCCGAAUGCCUUGCGGCUGUCACCCAUUCCCGAUGACAAAGAAAUCCCAGAAUUCUUCAUUGGCUCAAAUCCGUUCCAGUGCGAUUGCAAUCUGGAUUGGCUGCAGAAGAUCAACACCGAAGCACGAACCCAGCCGAAGCUCAUGGACUUGGAUCAAAUCUACUGCAAGCUGUCAUAUGCCAGAGGCAAGACACAUGUUCCACUGAUCGAGGCCAAGUCUAAUGAGUUCCUUUGCAAAUACGAGGCGCAUUGCUUUGCCCUCUGUCAUUGCUGCGACUAUUACGCCUGUGAUUGCAAGAUGCAAUGUCCGGAUCGUUGUUCGUGCUACCACGACCAGAGUUGGACGUCAAACGUUGUGGAUUGUUCGCGUGGCAGUUAUGAUCGUGAGCUGCCACAACAUAUACCCAUGGAUGCCACUCAAUUGUAUCUGGAUGGCAACAGCUUCUAUGAGCUGGGUAGUCAUUCGUUUAUUGGCAGAAAGAGGCUGCGAGUUCUGCACUUGAACCAUUCUCGCAUUGAAGUCAUUCAAAACCGAACUUUCUAUGGGUUACUGGAAUUGGAGGUUCUGCAAUUAAACCACAACAACCUGCGACAGCUGAACGGCAACGAGUUCCAAGGGCUGGACAACCUGCAAGAGCUCUAUCUGCAGCACAAUAACAUCGCCACAAUUGACUCACUGACUUUCACCCAUCUCUAUCAUCUUAAGAUUCUGCGACUCGACCAUAAUCUACUUGUUGAGUUCGGCAUUUGGAAUUUCCUGCCCCCCUACCUAAACGAACUGCGUCUCUCCGGCAACCCCUGGACGUGCGAAUGUGAGUUCAUCGACAAGUUCCGUGAUUACAUCAAUCGCCAUGACUCGGUGCAAGAUCGCAACAAAAUCAAAUGCACAGUCACCAGCAAGGUGGCGAUCGGCUCUAACACCACAACCACAGUCAACGGAGAAAUGUUUUCGAUCUAUGCAAAUGCGAAUGACUCAGCCACUGGAGGACGCUUCAUUGCCUGUGGCAUCAACAAUCGUUCGAACGCGAUCAACAACGGCUCGGAUGCUGAGAGUAUGGCUUCGAGCGGAAACCUCACGUCCACCAAAAUGAUCCUCAAUCAGCCACCCUUCCAGGACUACCUCCCGAUCCUCGUGGCCAUCCUGACUGGUUUUGCAUUCGUGAUCAUCUGUACCCUGGUCGUCUUCAUCUUCCGGCAGGAGAUGCGUGUUUGGUGUCAUUCACGCUUUGGCAUUCGUCUCUUCUACAAUGCCAACAAGGAUGUGGACAAAGGUGAACGCGAAAAGCUCUUCGACGCCUUCAUAUCGUACAGUUCCAAGGAUGAGGCAUUCGUCGCCGAAGAACUCGCUCCCGAACUAGAGAACGGAGACACACGCUACAAACUCUGCCUACACCAUCGCGACUUCCCUGUGGGCGCUUACAUCGCCGAUACAAUCGUGCAGGCAAUCGAUUCCUCACGUCGCACGAUCAUGGUGCUGUCGGAGAAUUUCAUAAAAUCCGAAUGGUGUCGAUUCGAGUUCAAAUCAGCUCAUCAUCAAGUGCUGCGUGAUCGACGAAGACGAUUGAUCGUGAUCGUGCUGGGCGAUGUGCCACAAAAAGAUCUCGAUCCAGAUAUUCGAUUGUAUCUGAAGACAAAUACAUAUCUGCAAUGGGGCGAUAAAUUAUUCUGGGAGAAGUUGAGGUUCGCAUUGCCAGAUGUGCCCAAUAAUCAACGUCGCCCACAUGGUGGACAUUGUCCGGGAGUGCACAUCCCAAUGGCGCCACACCAUCAUAAUCCGCAUCAUCAUUUGCAUCAUUUCCAACCGCAACCGCAUCAUUUGCAGCAUUCCAGUUUCAGGGGCAAUAAUAUGCAUCAUAAUUUAAUGGCCGGCACGACGAGGCAGAAUCACAAUCGGAAUAACAAUUCAAAUCAACAGCAGCAACAGCAACAGCAGCAGAUGCUGCAACAUUCAGAGCAACAACAAAGAUCACCACACAUGCCCCAUGUGGGUAAUGUAGCUGGCCCACCAGUUCCAGGAACAGCAAUGCCAGUUGGACAAUGCCAAAGGAAUGCCUCACCGCGAACGGUAGCUGUGCAUAUUUGAUAUGUUUGUUUCUAUAUGUUUGUACAAUUAAUGCCUCAAGUGAUAGAUAACUGUAAAGUCCAUUGAAUAAGUGUAAUUAUAAGAAAAACAAAAACUAAUUUCCACAAGGUGGAAGACAAAACAAUCAGUGUGGAAUGUAAGUUCCUUAAAAAUACAAAAGCAAAUAAGAAAUGAUACGAAAAAGAUCUUCUAAAUCAAAAACCAAUAAAAAAGACUUUGUAAACAUGAAAUUCAAUAUCUGCUCGUGAAUCCUAGUGAAAAAAUGACUGACAUUUCCAAUAGGAAAACCUUAAAAAUCGUUGUGGAUCGUAAGUUUGUAAAGUCGAAGCACGUUUAUUUUUUCUCUGCUCAUCUCGUGCUACACGACGACGAAAACGACUAUGUUUAAAGUGCAAGCAAACUCAACACCGUCUCCGAUAUGCAAAUAAGAAUCGAGAAGAGGCUUCUGUCCAAGAAGGAGUCGUCAUCGUCUUCGUCGUCGAUUUCCUGCCAUCACCACAAGAAAUACACAACAAGAAACAACAACAAGGACGCCAGCAAACAAAGACUGAUCAUCAUCAUCGUUAUUAUCAUCAUCAUCCUUUGGCUGAGACGGUAGUUCUUUUGGCUUUUAAUUUCUGAAGGUAUGGUACUUUUAUUUUUCUAUUUUUCAAUUCAAUACAAAAAUAAAAGAAAAUGAGAAAAACAAACAACGAAAACUCAUAGAACAAGCAAAAUUAGCAUACUUAACAAACAUUCCACAUUCCACCAAAAACCAAACACACCAUAAGCAAGUCACAUACGACGACGACGCGACGUGGUGCGGCUUGGAGGAACUUAUGAAAAAUUGUUGUAAAAUUCAUUUUGUAUUAUUUGUCAAUCAUAACGGUAACUACUUCUUUCAACAAGAAAAACUUUCUUUAUAAAUAUUCAAAUAAAUUUAAAAGAAAAUAGACGUUAAAAUGAAAGAAAAAUUCAACAAAUGUGAUAAUAAUAAUGUUGUGUAGAAUUUCACUGUAAUUUUAUUGUAUUUAAAUUCUUUUAGUCAUUAUUUGUAUAUCAAUCAUUUUGUAAAUAAAUAGUUAAGAAAAAAAACAUCUGUAAAUAAAAUAAAUUCUUUUGUACUUAAAAAAACAGCAAAACAUAAAUAAAAAAUAAUAAUAAUAAUAUAUUAAGAAAAACGAAGGCACUUUGCCUUGCCAUAUAUACGAGAAAGAAAAUAAACAAAAUCAAACUGACUAUUAAACUAUAAACUAUUAAAUUUAAUUAUUUAUGUAUAUUUUUGACUGACUAUACCAUAAGCAUAUAAGUAUUUUUAUUAUUUUGUAAAUAUUUAUAAAAUUAGUAUUUAAUAAUUGUUACUAAAAAAAAGUAUUUGAAAAAAAAAAACAAAAA